GGCUCAUGGAAAAUGUUCAGUCCCAAUGAAGUGAUGCAGUGCAUAGGAGUCCUGAUCUACAUGGGAAUUGUGGAACUGCCUCGCCUCCAUCUAUACUGGAAUACCUCGGAGUUAUUUUCCGGCCUCAUUCUUCCAAAGAUUAUGGCCAGAAGCCGAUUUUUUGCGUUUCUUGCUUUUCUCAGUGUCAUGGACCCGGAGAAGACUGACGCUGUCCGCGAUGGCAAGCUGCACAGGAUCACACAUCUGCUGCAACAUAUGAAUGACGUGUCAUGUCAGCAUUUCCAGCCAUACCGAAAUUUGUGCGUGGAUGAACGAAUGGUCAAAUCAAAAGGACGAUCGGGAAUACGCCAGUAUAUGCGUGACAAGGGGGUCAAAUGGGGGUACAAGCUGUGGGUCCUUGCUGACUCAAGCACAGGCUACACUGUGCAAUUUAGCGUUUACACCGGGAAGCGAGAAACACCCAGCUCAAAGGGACUGGCUUAUGACGUUGUAACGCGCCUGUGUGAUGCAUAUUUGGAUCAAGGCUACAUUAUCUACCUUGACAACUUCUACACAUCCACCUCCCUCUUUGAACACCUUCUUGAGAGGAAGACUCUCUCUUGUGGAACAACGCGCAAAGAUCGGCGCGGAUUUUCCUCCCAGUUGAAAGACACCACUUGGGAGAAAAGAGCAACUCGAGGGGACAUUCGCUGGCUGCGGUGCCGUGAUGUGCUGUAUUUGCAAUGGAAAGACAAGCGCACUGUAAACAUGAUGAGCACAGCCCACACUGCCAACAAUCACGUCAGUGCAAUGCGAAAAGUGAAGAGAGGAGACCGAUGGACAAGGAUCCCCAUAAGGAAGCCACUCAUAAUAGAAGACUAUAAUAAGGGCAUGCUUGGUGUUGACAAGUCCGAUCAACUUAUCGCUUCUUACAAUGUCUUGAUGAAGUGUGUCAGGUGGUGGAAGACACUGUUCUUCCACUGCAUUGACAUUGAUGUCGUCAACAGCUUUGUCAUCUUCCAAGGACACAGGGAACAUCACCCCGAGAUAGAGGAGCUCACCAGAAAGACUGGCUUUGACCAGCUCGCAUUCCGUAUUGAGCUGGUCAACCAGAUUUUCGGGAUGGACGACAGACAUGUUCACCCUCCGCCUCCUCCAAAGAAGUCUGAGCACAAGCCCCAGGUGCAAGAAAAGCGCCGUAACUGCAAGCUCUGCUACGAGAAAAAGAAGGUCGAAAGGAAGACUGCAGUUUUUUGUGAGCCGUGUGGUGUGUAUCUGUGUUUCAUCCCAACGAGGGACUGCUUUGGAGGAUGGCACGCCACACACCCACGCUAA